CUCUCCACCUCACGUGAACGCGCCUCGGCUGACAGGAGGAGGGAGGAAGAGGAGGAGGAGGAGAAGAAGCCCCUCUGGUGAAAAGGAGGGAAAAGGAGUGCAUUUGUCUUCCGGCACGCUGCAAGCUGCUACGUUUUUUUUGUGAUAUUGUUACUGUUUUUUUGGGAGGGGGCAUUGGAGAGCAUCAGUCUAGUCUGGAGGAGGACGGAGAGGAAGGGUCCGGUUCUUCUUCAAGACUCUUAUGCAUGCAUGCGGAAUUACGCGCAAGAGUCCCUGGAUGCUUUUAUCAUGUAGUGGGGAUUCCUUGUCUUUGUGAGUUAUCAUAAAAAGACAUUUGGACACUAGUGGACUGGACGGGUCAAGUCGCCACCAUGCAGGGACCGUGACCCAGUGGCCGUUUCGUGCGCACGCCCUCCAAGAAAACGGGGGGAGGGGGUGUGGGGCUGCUGGUGCUGGUGGUGAUAUUUGGUGGGAGCCAUGGCCGCUGCCAUCGCGAGCGGGCUGAUCCGGCAGAAGAGGCAGGCGAGGGAGCAGCACCUGGACCGGCCGUCGACUAAUCGGCGCCGGAAGAGCCCCAACAAGAACAAGGGGCUGUGCAACGGCAACCUGGUGGACAUCUUCUCCAAAGUGCGCAUAUUUGGUCUCAGGAAGCGCAGGCUACGGAGACAAGAUCCCCAGCUCAAGGGUAUAGUGACCAGGUUAUAUUGCAGACAGGGAUACUACUUGCAAAUUAAUCCCGAUGGCUCUCUUGAUGGCACCAAGGAUGACAGCAGUAAUUCCUCUUUGUUCAACCUUAUUCCCGUGGGCCUCCGCGUCGUCGCCAUUCAGUCUGUGAAGACGGGCUUGUACAUCGCCAUGAACGGGGAGGGUCAUCUCUACACAUCCGAGCUCUUUACGGCCGAGUGCAAAUUCAAAGAGUCGGUGUUUGAGAACUACUACGUCAUCUACUCAUCCAUGUUGUACCGACAGCAGGAGUCAGGCCGGGCCUGGUUCCUGGGUCUCAACAAAGAGGGUCAAGCCAUGAAGGGGAACCGAGUGAAGAAAACCAAACCAGCCGCUCACUUCCUGCCCAAGCCAUUAGAAGUCGCCAUGUACCGAGAGCCAUCGCUGCACGACGUGGGGGAGACGGUGCCCAAGGCGGCCGUGCCUCCCAGUAAAAGCACAAGCGAGCCCGUGGUGAUGAACGGAGCCGUGAAUGCUCAAAUGGGACAAUGGCAACCAACUGACAGUAGGGACAAGAGCUGAGCUGAGAGGCACAGUGCAGUGGAAAAGGGAAAGCUGGUGCUCACCUGUGCAUACCAGAUCGUCGUGUUUGUCACACUCUCUGUCGUCACACUCACAGUACUCCCCGGAUACCCACCAGUCUUUGGGGGAGCAGAUACACUGCCCACAGUGACAGGAACCUGCAAUACAGUUAUUCAUUAUCAUUUCAUUUCAUGUAUUUGCAGUAGUUAUUCUAGUCUUAUUAUUUAUUUAUUUUAUUGAUUUUAAUUUUUGGAUCCGUGUUACAUUUUUUUUUUCUUACCUUUGCCACUGCACAGGACGCCGUCCGACGUCUCGCACAGCUCCUUGCUCUGGGCGUCGCUAAUGUCACAUGACCUGGGGAAGCGACACAGCUUGCCGAACCAGCCCUCCUGGCAGAUGCAGCGUCCGCACGAACAGUAGCCGUGACCUGGCAGCGGAGGGCAGAAACGGCAAAAAAAGGUCAUAGAUGUACAACACUUUAGACUUCAGCUCAGUGAGCAUCACAAAAAAUUUAGCUCAACAAGUGGAUUUUGAUUUUUCUUUAGCUUUUUUGUGUGUUUUGGUUUUUCACGCCACCACAGAAGGUUCUUCAUAGUUUAGGGUCAGUAUUUCACCGCCUUUUGCCUGUGGACACAUACACGAUAUCGUUGUACGUGUGUACCUCCGCAGACCUCUCCAGAGAGGUCUUCACACUGGCGGUCGUCACACUCGCAGUUCUUGCCAUGAACUCGACUGUCCCCAGGUGGGUGACAGGUACACUGUCCACACUGGCACUGACCUACAAAGACACAGGGACAAGGUGUUCUCGUAUCUUGGUCGUCUUUGUAUUUAAAAAGGCAUUACAUUUCAGCUUGUUUUCUAUUUCUGUUGGUCAUUUUUCUCACCAAAAAAUAAUACAAGUAGAAAUCAUCUGUUCCAGGAUCAAACUGUGGGCACAUAAAGCGUUUGUCAACUAUGCAGGCAAUGGUUUGAUUCAGGGGGGUCUGAUUCAAUUAUCAACCUCAGCAGUCAUGAAAAUGUCAUGUGAUCAAGAUUGUGACUACAAGAGGGUGCCCAUGGCUGCUGCUGAUGAUACAUUUUGUUGUGCAUAGCCUAUUUUGACACAAAAUCAGCCUAAUUUGCCAAUGAAAACGACGUGCGUGUUUAACAGAAGACCUAUACUUGCAAGGCAUGAAUAAAAUCGCCUGCUGAAUCCGAAGGUGCUGAGGUGAGCACGAGGGCGACCGUCAACAUCAACAGACUUAUUGGCUCAUAAUGGCUACUAAAUAAACAUCCAAAAUGUGGAAGUAUGAUGAAAAGGUUAAAGACGACCCCAAGAAAGUAAAGUGCAACUUGUGUCAGCAGCUUCUUACGCGUGACAACCACCAGCAGCGCGUCAUUUCAAACGGGUAAGGCUGUUACGCCAACUUCAAUUUAUAUCCCGAUUGUGGAUUUUAAUCGAAUAAAUUAGGCUGCUAACUGAGAGUUUUGGUAAGUUGUCUUUUUUUCAUGUCGUUCCUAUUCUGUGUGAAAUGUCCGCUUGCUGACGGCGACCUUGUUUUGGUUUUGUCCAUCUUGCUCUCUGAUUUACUAACUAAAUGAAGGCAUUGAGGUGGAGAAAGGCCCAAAUGAGAUCUGUUUAUUUGUAGGGAGGCCCAUUAGCUGUCCUCUAAAACAACAACAAUAACAUUCAAUGAGAUUUGUCAACUAUGGACAAAACCUGACAAAGUUUCACGAUGGAAAUCCUUUGUGGAAGACAGCCCUAUAAUAUGAUAUACCAUACAACAGAAUAAAUGCUUCUGGUAACAAUGCGCGUGCUUUUUUGAACAUUCUUAAUUGUCAUGCAAGUGUAAAAGGAAGUUAACUACUGUCAAAUGAAUGAAACACUACAUAUACUCCAAGCAUAAAAGAAAGCAUGUAGCUUGUGACCCACAUUAGACUUCUUCAAAAUACAGUCAAACCUGUCUUAGCGGCCACCUUUAUAGAACGGCCACCUGCCUAUAGCAGCCACUGAAAAAUACCCCGCAGCAAAUUUACAUGUUAUAGACCCUGUGUAUAGCAGUCACCUGUCUAACGCAGCCAGCGGCCACCCAUUUUGUCUCCCUUGGUCAAUAUCUGACUACAUAUAGCGGCCAAAUUACCAACUCAAGUAGAAGCUUCAUGCACGAAAAAGUUUCGUUUUUCAAUCAAUGAAGCCGUCGUGUGUAGACUUUAAUUACUGAGUCCUAGCUCAGUCACAAUCAUUCACAAGAGACACAGAAACUGUCAGUUGUUCCACAUAAAAAAGCCGUCUUCUUUUGAGCUCGCUAUUUCCUGGUCAAACAUGUAACUUUAAGAGCAUUUGCACCAAAACAUUACCGCAAAUUAGGCUGGGAACAGGAUGUGCUCCCAGCGACGCUACAAUAAAAAAAAAAAACAACAUAUGCUAGCAUGCAUGCGGCAGCGGGAGCAAAACUGAGUUCGGUUGUACUUAAUUGAAGUAUUUUAGAAUGUACUCACGUUAUUUUUCAUCAAUCCUCAUCCACAAAUCCAUCAAAGUCCUCAUCUUCUGUAUUCGACACAAAACAAAGCCGUCUUCUUUUCCGUUCGCUACUAGUCUGUUAACUUGUCAGUGUUAUUCAGCUCCGAAGCAAAGAAGGAAACUUCUCCAACUUUAUUUAUUGAACGCGGCCACCAGACAGCAGCUCAAAACACACACACAUCUCUCAACAUCGUCUGUCCUUCCUGCUUGCCCACAAGGCAAAGGUUAAACAAGCCCCACUACAUAGCUGUCCAGCCAAUGCCUGUAAGAAAUGACACCGUUUAUUUCCUGGUGUGCACUGGUCAAUACUGUAAUGCUGCUUGUUGUGGGGAAGGAGAGACUCACGUCGCCGAUGCACUUUAAUGGCUUUAUUAACAGCGGAGAACAUUGCAGGACUUUACAUCCACGCCAACAUAAACACACUUCCCAACUCUCUCCAAACUCACAGCUAACACUGAGCCUAGCUCUCCUGCUCGGGACGCCCACCGUCACUUCCUGAUGAACUAAAACUAUAAUGACAACUCUGCCGUAUAAAAAGUAAAAUAUAAAAAACAAGCGUAAGACAUUACUAGCACAGCUUUGUUCUGUGGGUCGUGGAUAUAUUCUAUCAGUUACUAUUAAGCCUCUAGCUUCCUUUUAGUAAGUAAAAACCUUGGCUAUGAUUGCACUACAUUGUCAUGUAGACCUACAAAGUACACUUGGAAGAACAAGAGGUGAAUAAAUGUAUUGCAACUGAUGUGAAACUGAUGAGGGGUAGGAUUAAAUAAGCUUUGCUUCUUCCUACUCCUUUUUGGACAUGCAAAAUUGUGAAUUGUACAAUGUGAUGUGCUACUGUUUGACUCAUAUGCAUGUUCAGGAUGAAUUAAAACCAUGAACCAUGAACAAUGAUAAUAACAAGCCUCGUAGUGCUGUACAACUUUUAUCCGCAUUCGCAGUGCCCUCUACUGGUCAACAUUAUUAUUAUUAUUAUUAUUAUUAUUAUUUUCCGGUUUUUUUUUCUUUUUUUUUUUCUACUGGUCAACAUUCAAACUGGACCCCAACCUGUCUAUA